AUGGCGUCGGCGAGUUGGACUGACGGCCUUGCAUCGGCGCAGGCGGCGACGAAGGAAGGAAAGUUCUUCGAUGCCGUUCAGUUCCUCAACUCCUGCAUGCAGGACUAUGCCAAGGUCCUUGGGGACGAGUCGGACAAAGUGUUGAAGCUCCCCGCCGCCUUCGUGGAAGAGGUCGAACCCAAAAUCUCGCAGGAGCAGAAGGAAACCCUCAGACAGAUGUACGUGCUCCGCGGUGACAUCCUCGUGGGUCUAGGCGCCAACAAACGUGCAGCUGUCGACUAUGGGUGUGCUCAAGCUUUGGGGAACCCAGACGCGGCAUUGAAGGAGAAGCUCUCGAAGGUUCAGGCCGCCGUGAAGGGAGCCGAUCCUGACAGCAAGAUCCCCGUGACGGUGCUCACCGGGUUUCUUGGCAGCGGGAAAACGACACUGCUCAAUCGCAUCUUGCAUGAGAACCAUGGCAAGCGCAUUGGCAUCAUCGAGAAUGAGUUCGGCGAGGUUGGCAUCGACGACAGCUUAAUUGAGGCAGGCCCACUGGCAACCCAAGAGAACGUCAUCGAGAUGAACAAUGGCUGCAUUUGCUGUACCGUUCGGGGUGACCUCAUUGCUGGCCUCAAGAAGAUGAUUAAGAAGUCGACCAAAAGCGGCAAGCCUCUGGAUGGUGUCAUCAUCGAGACAACUGGCUUGGCAGACCCAGCCCCUGUUGCUCAGACAUUUUUCGCCGAUGACUUUGUGCAGCAGAACCUGGCGCUGGAUGGAAUUGUGACCCUCGUGGAUGCCAAGCAUCUGCUCAUGCACCUGGACGAGGAGAAGCCCGAAGGCGUCGAGAACGAGGCUGUGGAGCAGUUGGCAUUUGCAGACCGCAUCCUCUUGAACAAGUGCGACCUUGUCGACGAGGCCCACUUGGUGGAAGUCGAGAGGCGCAUUACGAUGAUCAACGACACGGUGAAGAUCCGGCGCACCACGCAAAGCAAGGUAGACAUGGAUUUCAUCCUCGGCAUCCAGGCCUUUAACCUCGAUAAGAUCCUCGAAAUGGACGACGGCUUCCUGGAGGACAACCAGGACCAUCAGCAUGACGACCGCGUGACAUCCGCCGGGUUCCACGUGAAGGGCGAGGUGGAUCAGCAGAAGCUGAAUGAAUGGCUUGGCACGCUGCUCAAGGAGAAGGGGGCUGACCUCUUCCGCACGAAGGGUGUGCUGGCUGUGCAAGGCAUGAAGGAGAAGUUUGUCUUCCAGGCAGUGCACAUGGCCUUCACCGGCUCCCCACAGCGCGCCUGGGAGCCUGAUGAGGAGCGCAUCUGCAAGCUCACCUUCAUCGGUCAUGUGCAGAUGCGCAGUGGGAACGUAUCUUUGAAAUCUUCGGCUGCAAUUCGAGGUGUCGCGCUCCUUGCGGCGUGCUUUGUCGAGCUUUGGCUGCAGCAGAGCGGAGACUUCCUGGUGCCUGAGCCAGCAAGCUCGCACGUGCGUAGACGCCUCAUUCAAUGGCCAGAGCCGCGACAGUUGCUGAUACUCUUCACAAGCUGGCAGGUGUCGCGACAGGGGCUUACAGCAACUGCUGAUGCAUGGCUCUCGAAGAUUCGAGGCUCCAAGCUCUGUCUCCGCUGCUCCAGCCACGGCGAGGUGCCAUCUCCUGUCUUUUUGCCGCCUCUGGCAGACGAGCCGUCUGCGCCGGUCCCACCUGAGCCCGGCACGCUGCCCUGUUUUCCUUUGCCACUGCAUCGGGCGGCUUUGCCGGGGUCCCGCCGGAUGCUGAAUGUUAUGGAGCGGCGUUAUACGGCCAUGUACGAAGACCUUUUAACCGCCGGCCAGCGGCGUUUCGUGGUCCCCCGCGUGCUGCAGACAGCUCAAGGAGCGCGCCUGGCUGAGGCAGCCGUGGUCUUCGUGAUCACGGACCUCCUCGAAGCGCCAAGCAGCUCACGCUUCCGCUACACCGUGCAACACACCGUUCACAAGCCCGUGCGCAUCGCGCGAGUGCUCAACCCAGGAUCCUUCGCGAAAAAGAACACCUACCUUCGUGUGGAGUGCUUACAGAUCCAUGACCACGAUGCUGACCGGGAUUACUGGAAGGAGGAGCGCGCCUUGUUCCGGGAGCUGCGCGAGGUCGCCUCGCUCCGGGAGUCUGCUGGCGAUCCCUUGCGGCGUUGGGAGUACAUGAGCGACAGGUCGGGCCUUUGCCGCUUGGUCGAUCACGGCUCCGCUCCGGGGCUGUCCGAGGACUCGCUCAAUGCCGCUGGCGCCUCGCGAGAGGAGUUCUGGGAUCUGGCCGAGCUCUGGCAAGGCUACUGGGACCGGCGCGGUGUGGCUCUACGCCAGCAGCAUGAUCGCGACAUCCUGGCUGCGCGGCGCGCGGACUGUGGGCCACGGUCCCUGGCGGAGCUGAGGCGGAGCUACGAGGCCGAGAGCGUCGAGCACCAGCAGCAGGGAGCUGCUUUGAUGCAGGCGCUGCUGCAGAGCGCAAGCCACGGUGAGCGGUUGGAGCUUCUCCGGGGCGCCGCGCAGCGGGAGCUCCAGCGCCUUGCUGCUGUGGCCGCUGUGGCUGCAAGCACCGGAGGCGAAGCGCACGCAUGA